CGAUAAUUUAGCGUAUCUAAAGUGCAUUUAUGCCGGUAAAUCAGUUCAUUUCCAAGAAAAUUUUACUCUAGUAUAGUACGUUGUAAGCCUCUCCGGUCAGACAUAUUCAAUAUUUUCCGUUAAACUACCGUUAACCGAAUGACAUUUUCAUCACUUAAAAUCCCUCGGAUCCUUACUUCGCAAGACGCUCGGUGAAAGUGGACAGCGGUAGCCGCCUUAUUGUUAUGUAAACUAAAGAAGGAAGCGUUAUCACCUCAGUGCUUGCCAAAAUGUCGGGGGCGGUAUUCACAGACAUCUCCCAAGUGGACUUGCGGAUGGAGGUCACCCGGCAGUUUCCGUUUCUACAUGCAGACGGAACUCGUUGGACGGUUAUCAAAUCUUCCGACGGAGGAGCAGUUGUCUUCGAAUUAAUUAAGCUCGCAGCCGGGGAAUCAUCCUUCCAGCUAUCAAUUGGUGAAGUUCAACCUCCCAAACAGAAAACUAUAAUCGAUAGGAAGGAUGCUCCGGACAUGAUGUGUGCUUACAACCGCUCGGGCAUAUUGGAUCGUCAGAUCCUAAUUCUCGACCCAGUUUACGCAAAUGUUGUGGCCAAUGAACCAACGCCGCCAACAAUCACAAACAUCUCAUUGGCUCCGCCGGACCCGAAGUGUAAACUCGAAUGCCCGCUGGCAAUUGUAUCGAGUGCAGGCGUUUGUGAAGUUCGCGGGCGCAAGGACGACAUACGCCGCUACGAUCACGUCUUGGUGAAUGUUUCCGAAAUGUGGGAAAACCAGUAUUCGGCCAAAUCCCAGAAGAAUUACGAUUCCGUUGAAGACCUGACCAAAUACUAUUCCAAUCUCAUUUUCACAGUCACCUGUUGGACCAACUCGAUCAGUGAAGAUAAUCAGCGGACUCUAUUCUGCGGAACUCGGUCCGGACUUAUUUUUACAAUUUCCAUUUCUGCUUCAAACUCCAAAAUUUUAUCAGUAACGGAAAGCGAUGUAAAACCGUUGAAUUUCCUCAAAUACUUUUCAUUUGGGGAUCAAAAUGAAAAUGAAUUUUUGUUUUCUGCGUCGAUAGCAGGUGUAUGCAAAGUGUUCCGAAGGGUUGGUGUUUCGGAACUCAAAGAAGUAGCGACGCUUUGGGGAGUGAAGGAUAAAAUGGCAUUCCAUUGUGUAGAAGUCCACUACGACAAGGACAACAACCAAAUUGUUGCAGUAGCAUCUAAAGGAUCUCAUUUUCUUGCAUUCAUUCUGACGCCACAAGGAGAAUUGCUUCAGAAGGCAACGCAUUAUAUCGGAAACCUGGUUAUCACUGGCAUUCAACAAUUAGAAGGCAGUCAGUUCAUCAUUUCUACAAUAAAUUCUCAUACGAUGCUGGUUACAAUCAAUACAGCUUCAACCCCAAUUCAAAUCGAAUCCAAUGAAAUUAAAAACGAUCUUGAUUCGAAAUGUUAUGAAGUGCUUGGUAUGGUAACCACCACGAAUAGAGUAGCCUGGAUAUUUCUACAGUUCCCCAUUAAUUUGUUUGAACAUGCGUUUAAAAGCCCAACGAUGCUUACAAUUUGCUCUUUGAAUGUGAAAGACGCUCUGGAGACGAUGCAAUUGAAAGUAGAUUCAAGAUUUUGUGAAUUCGCUGAUUGCGCGGAAGUUGUCAGAUGUACAUAUUUGAAAUUUGGACUCCCAGAUGCACCACCUUACGAUAUUUUCACCGAAAACACAUUUAAUAAUAAAUUUAUCAGACAAUUGAAGAUUUUAGCGAUAGUUCUUGCUGCAAGGAUUUCGUAUUUCAAGAAGAAGCAACGAAGUGAGGAUAUGUUUAACACACAAAAAGAAAUAAAUAAUGUACGCAAAGUUCUAGAAGUUCAUAUGGCUUACAGGCGCCUUAGUCAUUUGGCGACUUUGAAAGAAUUUACGAGAGUUCAGAAAAUAUCGAGCGCCUAUUUUCGUAAUAAAAUGGUUGCAUUUUGUCAAGAUGACUCCAUUGAAUGGAUGCAACAUGUCCGCCAGGGAUUUGUUCAAAGACUAUCAGAUCUACUGAAGAGAACGGAAGGAUUUAAUCAGGCAGAAUGUGAGCAGUGCAUUCUUUGUGAUGACUACAUAAAUUUGGCAACGGGCGCUUGUAAGAACAAUCAUCAAAGGCCGAAGUGUUGCAUUACUUUCUUGCAGGUUCCAUUAUUCGGGGCCAUAGGUUGCGAGUCAUGCCAAUACGCAGCGAUCAAUGAUGCUAACUUGUUAAAGCAAGUUUUAUGUCCAGACGAGCCAAUUUCAUGUCCUCUAUGCGAUGGACCACUGACUGGUGCGAAAACUCUAAUUUACUUUGAUAAGCCAAAUUAACAUGAUUCGAAUGUAACAACCACAAAACACUUAAUAAAAAUUAUAAA